CGUUUCCCAAAGUCAAAUUAAAUUGACAUUUUUGUUACUAUUCAAGUUUGCAAAAUUCUUCAUUUUAAAAUUACCGUAUAUCAUUAUGUCUACUCUGUUGAAUCAACCUAAAGAAAAUCGAAAAGUUAAAGCAUGCAAAGAUUUGAUAGAUUUUUCCAAAGUUGGAGGACUUGAUCAUCACUUGAAGACCCUAAGAGAACUCAUUAUCUUUCCCCUUUUACAUGGUCAUAUUUUUGCUCAUUUUAAAAUUAAAGCACCAAGAGGAGUGCUCUUUUAUGGACCACCAGGAACUGGUAAAACUCUCGUUGCUGGAGCUUUAGUGGCUGAAUUGAAUAAAGAGGGCAUUGGAAAAGUUUCGUUUUUCCAAAGAAAAGGAGCGGACGUGCUCGACAAAUGGGUUGGAGAAUCGGAGAAGAAUUUAAGAACUUUGUUUGAAAAGGCUGUUAAAAGCAGACCAUCAGUGAUAUUCUUCGAUGAGCUGGACGGUUUAGCACCAACUAGGAAUGAUAAAAACGACCACAUCCAUUCCAGCGUGGUAGCAACCUUACUUUCUCUAAUGGACGGAUUAGACUCAAAGCCUGGCGUGAUCGUCAUAGGAGCUACCAAUCGAAUAGAAGCCAUAGAUCCGGCUCUUCGCAGAAAAGGCAGGUUUGAUAAAGAAUUGUACUUUCCUCUACCUGGUGUUCAAGCACGAAAGGAAAUAAUUCAGGUACACACCAACAACUGGAAAUAUAAACCACCUCAAAAAUUUAUUGAGCAACUCGCAGAUGUUACACCUGGAUAUUGUGGAUCUGAUAUUCAAGCGCUUUGUUCUGAAGCCGUCAUGUACUGCUUGAAGAGGACAUAUCCGAACAUUAACUGUAAAGGGUUUAAUGUUAAAAUUGAAGCAGCGUCUUUAAGGGUUGACGAAUGCGAUUUUCUCGAAGCAAAACUAAACUUAAUUCCUUCGUCAAUGAAACAAGGAAUGAAAAUGAGAAAUUUCAGUGACGUUAUAAGGCCCUUAUUGAUUAGGCAACAUAAAAAAAUUGUGAAGUAUAUAAAUACGUUAUGGCCGCAUUUUCUGCAAGAGGAACAUAGAUUUACUUGUGGAGAAAGACGAUACGCUGGAAGAAUGUUGUUAAUUGGAAAUAAUUUACAAGGAUUAAAUACACACAUGAUACCCUCUCUGCUAAAAACCAUGGAACAUCUUCCUACUUUUGUGUACGAUUCAGGAGUGUUUAAUAAACUUAGAGGAAAUGUAGUUAGUUUGCGAGUUCAAUUCCCAGCUGUUAUUUUGCUGUCCAGAAUAGACGAAUGGUGGGACGUCAUUGACGAAUGCAACCAACAUAAUGUUGCCUCUAUUUUGGACGAUAUACAUGCUGGGUUACCAGUAUUAACCAUAGCAACAUGCCAAACGGAUAUACCUGCACCACUGCACAACUUCUUUUACAACAACAGUACAAUUGUAGUAAAGAUAGAAAAUCCAAAUCAACAAGAACGAGAAGACUUUUUUGCACCUCUCUUCUUCGACGGCGAAGGCUUGAGCGUUAAUUCAGUUUGGAACCGUUUAAGAACACCUGAGAAACAAGUUAUCAAGUGUGAAGAUAAUCCUCCACCUACUCAAAAUGCUAAGAAAAGGAAACGAAAAUCUAGAAUUGAUCAAGAAGUUGAACGUCUAGGACUGAUAAGCAGUACCCACAGUUUGGAUUUCUCGUGCAGUACCACUAAAAAUAAAAAAAGAAAAAGAGAUACUUCAAAUCACUCCGAAAAAUCUCAAGAUUUGGAAACGGAAAAUAAAUCAUCCAAAUCCAGCAGUAAUAUCAGUCUGUAUGAUUUACAUAAAGAGUUAAAAAAGGAGAUAGACGACGACGAACCCAUCUAUAUUUCAACGUCAGAAAAAUUAUUUGACCCUAGACAGUGUUUUACAACAAUCUUGUCAGAUCUUAUAAACAAAAAAGGAAAUUUCAAGGAGGCCAGCGAUUGUACAUCUUCCGAUAAAGGCAGUACGAGUAAAGCUAAUAAUGAAAUUUAUGAGGAAAAAAUUUAUAAUUUAUGGAGACAAGUGUCAACGGUAACAUCAAAAAAUAUGGCGGUGGCCCAACUGGAACUUCUCUAUGAUGUUAUUUCGACAUGUAUUGGAAUUUAUCAAAACUCAAUAGAUUCUUUACUUCAGAAUUUGGAAAAUGUUUUGAAACAAACUGAAACGUCCUACGAAGUUCAGGUGGAUUAUUAGAAAUCGAAGAGUUUGUGAAUCGUAUUGUCAAAAAACGAAUUUCGUGGAAUGUUUUUUUUUGUAUAAUUUUGGAAAUUUUUUGAUCGACUGAUUAAUAAAUAUUUUGCGUAAA